GGCCUGGCUCGCCUGGCUCGCCUGGCUCACCUGGAGCGGCAUAAUGGAACAGCGCCGACGGUGUGACGGGGGGAAAUGGCGCCACGAUGCAACUCAACGUCCUGGAGGAGGAUUAAAACCUUCAGUUGUAAAGCUCCAUGGGGGAAUAAGUCCCAGAGGGAGUGGUAACAGCAAAACCAGGAGGACUUCGGCGCUAUACCAGUGUUUGCCUUUGCUACCUCAGAGGUCAAGUUUCACGUUGAGCAACAAGGUCAUGGCUUCCCCCAGUGUUCUCCUGUCAGAUGUGCAGUUCCAAUGUUGCAUCUGUCUGGAUGUUUUCUCCGAGCCCGUCUCCAUCCCCUGUGGUCACAGCUUCUGCUUCACGUGCAUCACAUCACACUGGGGUGAAAGCGUUGCCAUCAGCUGUCCCAAAUGUCAGGCGGCCUUCGAGGGCCGUCCGGAGCUUUGUGAGAACUAUUUUGCCAAGGAAAUGUCUGAGCAGAUCCGAGUAAGAAGGCAGAAUGGCAUCAUGUCAAUCGUGGAAAAAAGCAUAUAUUGUGAUCCUUGUGUCGGGAAACAAGCAAAGGCCUUGAAGUCCUGCCUCGUGUGUCUGACCUCAUAUUGUGAGAGUCACCUGGAGCCUCACCUGAGAGUUGCCACCUUGAAGGCUCACAAGCUCAUUGAACCUGUCACAAUGCUGGAGAACAGGAUGUGUAAAAGGCACAGUCGGCUCCUGGAGCUGUAUUGCAGGAGCGACCAGAGGUGUGUGUGUGUGCUGUGCACCGAGAGCGACCACCGCUGUCACGACACCGUCCCAGUGGAGCGUGAGAGUCAGGAGAAGAAGGCUCAGAUGAAAAGGAUCGAGGCGCAUGUUCAGCAGAUGAUCCAGGACCGGCUGCAGAAAGUGGAGGAGAUCAAACACUCAGUGGAGCUCAGCAAAAAAAACUCAGAGAGGGACAUCAAGGAAAGCGUGGCGGUCUUCUCUGCCCUGUUUCGUUCCAUGGAGAGAAUCCAGGCUGAGCUGGUGAAAAUGAUCCAGGAGAAGCAGACGGCAGCAGAACAGAGGGCAGCGAGGCUCUUCACAGAGCUGGAGCUGGAAAUCACUGAGCUGGAGAGGAGGAGAAGUGAGAUGGAGCAGCUUUCUCACUCUGGGGACCACCUCCAUCUUCUGCAGAGGUUUCCAGCUCUGAGUCUUCCUCCCUCCGCCAAAGCCUGCUCCGACGUCAUUGUCCAUUCACACACAUGUUUGGGGGAUGUAAGGAGAGCGCUGGCAAAGUCUGAGGAGCAGCUCCGGUUGGCUCUGAAAAAGCUUUCCAUUCAAGAGCACGAGGAGAUACAGCAGUGUGCGGUUGAUGUUCAUCUGGACCCGAGGACAGCCAACCCCUGGCUGGUACUGUCAGAGGAUGGGAGACAGGUCUGUGAUGGAGAUGCUGAACAGAAACUGGUGGACGCACAGGAGCGUUUCGACACUGCACCAUGUGUCCUCGCCACCCAGGGUUUCACCACAGGGAGGCACUACUGGGAGGUGGACGUGGGAGACAAGAGUGCGUGGGACUUGGGUGUAGCUCAGCAGUCAGUCAACAGGAAAGGUGUGGUGACCCUGUGCCCAGAGGACGGCUAUUGGACUGUUUGCCUGAGGAAGGGCAGUGAGUACAGGGCAUGUGCGGGAAAGGCAGAGCUGUUGUGUCUCUCUCAGAGGCCGCAGGUGGUUGGGGUGUUUGUGGAUUAUGAGGAUGGGACGGUGUCCUUUUACGAUGCAAAGGCCCAGUCACACAUCUAUUCCUUUAAACAGUUCCAGUUCACUGAGGCCAUAUUUCCAUUUUUUAACCCAGAAAUGAGUGACAGCGCCGACAACAAAUCACCACUCAUCAUCCGUCCUGUCAGUGGAGUCGAAGGAAGCCGGGAUUUAGAUGCUGUAACCAUAUGAUGUAAAAUGUAUAUUCACUGUCUUGUUUUCAUCCCAAGAUUUUUCUAUUUUAAACAAUUUAAAACUGUUUGUGUCAUCUGAAACACUGUCCCCCAUAAUCAUUUGUACAGAGAUAUGAUCCCUCCCUCAAUAAACUUUUAAUUGUUUAAUUGG